AUGUCUGAUUCAGAUGAGGCAACGCUACCCCAACGUCAUGCCUGUUUAAGGCUAUUGACCGGGCUUCCUGGAGGAACACGCCAGAUCAGAUAUACCAAUAUGAAGGACCUCAGGGCAGCAGUGGAGGAGUGUUAUGAAGAUGAUAUUCAGGAUCCCUUUCUCGUGGUGGUAGACGUGCCUCCAACUAUACUCGAAGACUUCGAUUCCGAGUAUCUCGAUAAAGGACCUCGAAUUACGGCCAACCUACCAGAAAGACUAUUAAUUCUCAAAACACUGUUGAAUCCUGGCCAUGAAUCCGUCGCGAGCGACCUGAUCUUUUACAUCAGGGUUGGGGUAGAUAUUCCAGCGAAUCCUCGUGCAGCUGCACCACCGCUCACCGACACGGACGAACAACAGGAGCACAGCGCUGCUGGUCCCUCCUCCACACGCAAUCAAUGGGCCUCCCAGACAGGCUGGCCGAUACUCGUAGCAGCCGAGUCACUAGCAAGAAGGGAAGAUUCGUCAAGGAGCCAGACGGUAGCCUCAGACCAUUCCAUCAAGAAUGGCCGUCGGGAGGCUGACGGACGAACUGCCCCCAUUGUUGUCGAGGAGGAGGUUAUGGCAACUCGCAAGGAGGAUACCACCGAAGUCACUGGUGACAUGACCUUCACCUUUGAGGAGGUCAUCGGCCGGCAGAGGAACGAGGUUAACGAAGGGGACAUCGUUAUCACAAGGGCCGACUUUAGAGAAAUCUGCCAGAAUGCUUGGGCAGCGCAGGGUUUCGGGUGA